CGUUGCGCCAACUGACAGACAGCAUCAAUCACAGAUAAACUGAGAACUUUUGAAAAGUAAACUUUGAAACCUUAAACAAACUUCAUGCGCGAUAACAAAGUGAAUCGACGCCAAAACGAAGCUGCAAAACCAACAAAUUGCAAACACAAUGAAAUGCAACUGAAGCAGAAAGUGAAUGUAAAUCAAAUGAAAUAAAAUAAAAUACAGAUACAAAUACAAAGCAAAGACAACACACAAAAAGUGAGCGAACUAACGGCGGCGGCGACACAGCGGCAAUCGUGCAAAGAAACAACAACAACGACAACCACAAUAAUAAUACAACGGGCGGCUGCGGCAACAACAACAACGAGAGCAGAAAAUCAUGAGCGAGAAACGAAUUGCGCACAAAACUGUCAUCAAAUGACAAAUGCUUGACAGCAUCAAUCAGCAACUGCUGCAGCAGCGACAGCGACAGCAACGGCAACAGCAACAGCGGCAGAGACUGCGACUGCGACAGCGACAGCGAGUGUGACUGAGUGGAGAACAGAGACGAUGGCAGCGCAUUGCCGGCGCCGCCGCCAACUGCGCAGCGACGCCGGCAAAGCAGCAGCAACAGCAACAACAGCGAUCGGGUUACAAUUGCUGCUGCUCUCAGCAUUGCUGUCCGUGCUCGCCACAGCAAUGUCGACGUCGAUGGCGACGUCGUUAAAUGCGACGUCGUCCAGCACUCAGAAUGCUGCUCACAAUGAAACCAAAGAAUAUCGAAGCACGGCAAAGCAACAACUUAGCGAAAUUAGUGUCAAUAUUGUGUCAAGCACGCCCACAGCCACGCCCAUUGGCAUAAGGGAGAACGUAAUGCUGCCCUCAUCGGAUCCAGAGCGAGAGGCGCAAAUUCUUUACGAGAAGUCACUGCAGGAGUAUCACGGCGCUCAGCGUGCCAUCGAGACAGUCACACUCUCAGCUGGCGACGGCGACGCCGACGUCGACAGCAACGUCAGCGGCAAUGGCAGCAAGAGUUCAGCACAACGCAACCUGCACAGCGUCUGCGAGCUGUGGCUGCAGAAGCAUUGCCAUUGCACCGGCAGCUUGGAGAAUCUCAAAUUGAGCUGUCGCAGCAUAGGAAUUCUCGCUGUCCCAGUCAACUUACCCAGCGAGGUGUUGCAGCUUGACUUGGGCAACAAUAACAUCACCAGGCUGGAGGCCAAUUCAUUUUUCAUGGUGCCACAUUUAGAAGAGCUAACUUUGUCCGACAAUAGCAUCAUUAAUAUGGAUCCCUACACGUUUUAUGGACUCGCCAAAUUGAAACGUUUAAGUUUGCAAAACUGCGGCCUUAAAUCGUUGGCUCCGCAUUCAUUUCAAGGACUCGGCCAGCUUGUCAGCCUUCAAUUGAACGGCAACGCCUUGGUCAGUUUGGAUGGCAAUUGUUUGGGCAACCUGCUGAAACUGCGCUCCUUGCGCCUUGAGGGGAACCUCUUCUAUCGCAUUCCAACAAACGCUCUGGCCGGACUUAGAACACUCGAAGCACUCAAUUUGGGCAGCAAUUUGUUGACAAUAAUAAACGAUGACGAUUUUCCAAGGAUGCCAAACUUGAUCGUGCUUUUACUGAAGCGAAAUCAAAUCAUGAAAAUCUCUGCGGGCGCUCUUAAGAAUUUAACGGCUUUAAAAGUUCUGGAAUUGGAUGAUAAUUUGAUAAGCAGCUUGCCAGAGGGACUCAGCAAAUUGACACAACUGCAAGAGCUCUCCAUGACCAGCAAUCGCCUGCGCUGGAUAAAUGAUACGGAACUACCCAGAAGCAUGCAGAUCCUGGACUUUAGAGCCAAUCCUUUGUCCACCAUCACCAACGGCGCCUUUCGUGGCAUGACCAAGCUGAGAAAACUUAUAUUGUCCGAUGUGCGCACCCUGAGAAACUUCCCGGAACUGGAGGCCUGUCAUGCCUUGGAGAUCCUCAAGUUGGACCGAGCUGGCAUUCAGGAUGUGCCAGCAAAACUGUGUCGUCAAACGCCAAGACUGAAGAGUUUAGAACUUAAAACCAAUUCCUUGAAAAGCAUCCCAAAUUUAAAUAGCUGCAGAGACUUAAGGCUGUUAGAUUUAUCGAGUAAUCAAAUCGAAUCACUGCAAGGACGACCAUUUUUCGGGCUGAAACAACUGCACGAUCUGUUGCUUUCCUACAAUCGCAUCAAGUCCUUGCCACAGGAUGCCUUUCAGGGCAUUCCCAAGUUGCAAUUGCUUGAUCUGGAGGGCAAUGAGAUUGCCUUUAUACAUAAGGACGCCUUUGCAGUGUUUACAGCUCUGGAGGAUCUCAACUUGGGCAACAACAUCUUUCCACAUCUGCCUGAGGCAGGCCUCAGUGCUCUGCUCCAUCUGAAGACGUUCAACAAUCCGAAACUACGUGAAUUCCCACCGCCCGAAACUUUUCCGCGAAUUCAGACAUUGAUUCUCUCCUAUGCCUAUCAUUGCUGUGCCUUCCUCCCUUUGGUCGCCAUGUCGGCGCAGCGCAAGACGUCCCAGGUGCAGGAGGCGGUGCUCUUUCCCUCCGAUGCAGAUUUCGAUAUGACUCUUUGGAACACCACCAUGAUGAACAUCUGGCCACAAAUGUAUAAUCUGAGCAAGCAGCUGGGCGCCAGCUCACACGAGCUGUGGGAUUCACCCAACUACAUGACCAACUACAAGUUCAACGAAGAUCUGCAACAACUGCCAACGGGCAGCCAGUCGCCCAGCAGUUACAUGGAAGACUACUUUGAGAGUCAUGACGUGAGUGCACCCGGCACAGGCUUUGGCUUUGGCACAGGUCUCUUCAGUGGCAUCUCAGCGGAUGAUCUGCAGCCUGGAUCGGUGCAGUGUCUGCCCAUGCCUGGUCCUUUUUUGCCUUGUGCCGAUCUCUUCGAUUGGUGGACACUGCGCUGUGGAGUUUGGGUUGUCUUCCUUCUCGCACUGCUUGGCAAUGGCACGGUGGUCUUUGUGCUCGUCUGCUCGAGAUCCAAGAUGGAUGUGCCGCGAUUUCUGGUCUGCAAUCUGGCUGCUGCUGACUUCUUUAUGGGCAUCUAUUUGGGCAUUCUGGCCAUUGUCGAUGCCGCCACCUUGGGUGAGUUUCGCAUGUUCGCCAUUCCCUGGCAGAUGUCGCUGCUCUGCCAGCUGGCUGGCUUUCUGGCAGUACUCAGCUCCGAGCUGUCCGUCUACACGCUGGCAGUGAUUACGCUGGAGCGCAACUAUGCCAUCACCCAUGCGAUACACUUGAACAAGCGCCUCUCGCUGCGUCAGGCGGGCUACAUCAUGAGUGUGGGCUGGAUCUUUGCUCUGAUGAUGGCUUUGCUGCCACUCUUGGGUGUCUCCGACUAUCGAAAGUUUGCCGUCUGCUUGCCCUUUGAGACGACAACGGGACCGGCGAGUUUAACAUAUGUGAUUAGUCUGAUGUUCAUCAAUGGCUGCGCCUUUCUUACACUCAUGGGCUGUUACCUCAAGAUGUAUUGGGCCAUUCGGGGCAGUCAGGCCUGGAACACGAAUGACUCGAGGAUUGCCAAGCGUAUGGCUUUGCUGGUGUUCACGGACUUUCUCUGCUGGUCGCCUAUUGCCUUCUUCUCGAUUACAGCCAUCUUUGGACUGCAGUUGAUUUCGCUGGAGCAGGCCAAGAUAUUCACCGUGUUUGUUCUGCCGUUGAACAGCUGCUGCAAUCCGUUUCUGUAUGCCAUCAUGACCAAGCAGUUCAAGAAGGAUUGCGUCACACUCUGCAAGCACUUCGAGGAGACACGCGUGGGUGGCACAACGGCAGCGCGUGCCGCACGUGGCAAGCGAGGCGUCGAGUUGCCGCCACCUCUGUUGCCAGCCGCAGCCGUUGCUCAUCCGCCCGGUUGCCGCUGCCUGCGCAUGCUGCCCAGCGAGAUGCCCAAUUGGCAUAAGAUGGAGCAGACACCAACGCUCUGGCAACGCCUCAAACGUCUCUGCUGCGGCCAGCGUAGCAGACGCAAGCAGCGCCGUCAGCCGCAGCAGCGACGUCAACGUGCCUACACCGCAGCGGCGGCGAAUCCGUAUCAAUAUCAAUUCGCUGAGCUACGACAACAGCGCAAGAAUCGCGCCAGCUCCAUUUCCAGUGAGAACUUCUGCAGCUCACGCAGCUCCAGCUGGCGACAUGGCGCCAACUCAUCGACGCCAGCACCGCAGUCGAACUGCAGCAUGCCGCUGAAGCUAAUGGAUCCCAGUCAGGGACAUACGCACGGUCGGCGACGGCACUCGGCCUGGCUGAUCACCAGAAAGACGUCCCAGGACUCCAAUCUGUCCAGUUCGCGAAACGAUUCCUCCGCCUCAGCCACAACGGCCAGCACCUCCACAUUCCGCUUGUCGCGCUCCAGUGCCGGCAGCAGCACUCCCCUGCCCUCGAUUAUAGCUCACAAUGGGAAGCAGCAACACGAAACACUGAACAAGCCGCGCUUGGUGCGCCAGGAAGCUGUGCAGGAGGAGGAGGAUUCAUCUCCUCCACGAUUGGGUGUGAGAUUUUUGCCCACAAUUCCCUCUGCGGCAGAUAGUUCGGUCAUCAUGGAAGACGGCGACUCGGCCAAUGCCGCAGCUGGAGGAGCAGCAUUUCUGGGCAUGCCACUGCCUGGUGUCUCUAGUGGAUUUCUGGUGACGCCACCAGCUCAGCUGCAGCCGGAUAAGCCGCCACCAGCGCCUAAUGAUGCACCACCGUGACCAGACAAUGGUCAAGGAUUUUGGGGCAGCUGGUGGCGAAAAGGAAGGCAACCUGGAGCGGAAACCUUUCUUUAAAUGGGGGAUGUCAAUGGGUAACAGAAAGCUCACUGUGUUCAUAGAUUGUAUUCGUUUGGUUUGGGUAAAAAGAGAACCAGAAAUAUUUUGGGGACAUAGUGUAAUAUCGAGAAAGGCCAAGACAAAGAGUUGCAAAAUGCAGCUAAACAAAUAAGAGUUAGUAUUAAGUAGUCAAUUGGUUGGAUUCGAGUCGGAGAAUGAGAAUUCCAUGUGAAUCCAAUUGUUGCUGUAAUCUAAGAAUGCGAAACAACCGAACAAAUGAUUUUCGGCAAAAGAGUAUUACGAGUAUGUACUACAUAGUAAAUGUAUGUAACUUAUUACUAGGUUAGAUUAUCUAUAGUCUUAUAUAUAUACUCCAUAUAUCUAGCAUAGUUUAGCAUAGUUUACAUGUCUAUAUAUUUCGAUAUACAAAUGCAAAUGCUAAGCAUUUCUCGAGUUGCAGCUCGAAAUAAAUAGAAAAAGAAAAUAGUUCUAUAUAAAGAAAAAGAUUAAAACGAAACGAUAUGAAAGCAAGCCAUACAAAUUAUUAAAGUUAAUCUAUUUACAGUAAAUAUGAUUGAUUUAU